CAGCUUUCCUUGAAGUGUUUGGCCUUUGAUGCGUUGAUUACACCAGACAAUGGCAGUGGCCUGAGCCGCCUGCAAUCAGCUUGCAUUGAAGGAGAUGUAGAAACGUUUACGGCGAUCCAGGAGAACAGUCCAAGCAAACUUGACAGUAUUAUAGCAGUGAAUGUCAAAGUCAAAAGCAGCUCAUUGCACUUUCCCGGUAAGUCACUGUGGACGGUAUUAAUGCUGCACAAGUCCUCAAGACAUAAGCAGAUUUUCAAGCUUGUUGAAACAAUCUGUAGCGAGUUUCGUUCCCAGUCUCUGAUUCAUGUCACUGCAAAAGAAGGAAAGGUUCACCACCUUCGUAGACUGCUGGAUUGCGGUGAGCAGCUUACAACUGUAGAGAACCAUUGGUCAGGUAAAGGUCCGCUUCCUCUUAUGCUGGCUGCGAAAUAUAAUGACGAGGAAGUAUUUGAAUUUCUUAUUGAACGAGGUAGCUCUCCAGAAUGGCUUGAUGACCAACAACGUACCUCGAUCCAUUAUGCUGCUGAGGGUGGAAAAGUAAGAAAUCUUUUGCGAUUAAUCGAGCGUGGUGUCAAUGUUUUGCAAAAGGAUAGAAAUGGUUACUCAGCUUUACAUUUUGCUGCCUUAAAUGGUCAUACAGAUUGUGUCCGUCUGCUUAUCGAAAAUGGUGCCGAUGUUAACGAAUUAACGCGUUCCUAUGGCUUCCCACAAAAUCCUUUCUUUGAUUACGAUUCGUGUCCCUUUGAUAACACUCCUCUAAUGUUAGCUGCUGAAAAGGGACACCUGCAGGCUUUCCGCGUUUUGCUGCAAAAUGGAGGAGAAUUAGAGAAAGGAAACGAAAUUGCCUGGUUGCCAUUGCAUUCUGCCGCUAAAGGAGGCCAUACAGAAGUUGUUAAAUUCCUUCUUGAACAUUAUGGAAAUGUAUUAGCUGAGACUGUUCGUGGAACAACCGUCCUUCACUUGGCAUCGUGUUUAGAGUUGGUGAUGAUUCUUGUAGAACAUGGAGCUAACAUUCGGGCAAGUGAUAUGAAUGGAAGAACGCCAUUGCAUGUGGCUGCUGAAAAGGGACAAACUGACACAGUUAAUUAUCUUCUAGACCGAGGCGCUGGUAUUAACGCAAGAGACAAGGACGGUUUUUUGGCUCUGCACUGUGCUUUAAAGGGAGGUCAUGUUACCACUGCCAAGUUUCUGAUUGACAAAGGCAGCGAGUCCUUUCUUUCAAGCGAUCCAAACUUAUUAGGGUUUUAUGAGGCCGACUUGUUACAAUCCUCUGCCAGGGAGGGUUUAAGAGCUACUGUGGAAUUUCUUUUAAGCAAUGGUGUAUCUGCAAAUGUAAUCCAUAGCAAAACUGAUUCGUUACUAACACCUCUGGAAGAGGCAGCAUACGCCGGACAUUGUGAUGUAGUGAGGUUACUCCUAGACCACGGAGCCGACAUUAAUGGAAAUGUUGCCUCGAGGGAAGAACGUCUCCGAAAAAGGCAAAUGGAGUCAAAUUCGUGGGAAGAUAGACACUACUGGGGGAAUAUAUGCCCUCUAUAUGCUGCCCUGCGUGCAGGCCAAGGUGAAGUGGCGAAACUUCUAAUAGAAGGAGGGGCUAAUGUUUCACCCUUGAACAGUGGUACCUUUAGAGCUUUAAGCAAUCUUGCUGCCAAAUAUGGCUUAGUUGAUGUUCUUAAAUUACUUGAUCAUGACAAACUCGGUGUCAUCGAAGAUUUCCGUCUAAAAAGUGGAGACACGAUUCUGACGUCGGCCGUUUGUCGCAUGGAUUUUGAGUUAGUAUCUCAUCUUCUUCGAAACGGCCUGGACGCCAAUACAAAAAAUGAAGAUGGAAAUUCAUCCCUUCAUCUCCUUUUGCAAAAGCACAAACAAACCAGCAUGCAAAUGUUUAAGCUUCUUCUUUCCUUCGGUGCAGAUAUUAAUGCUCUAAAUAACAGAUUUGAAUCUCCACUACUUUGUGCGAUAGACUGCGAGGAAGAGAAAAUUAUUAGCUUACUACUCGAACUCGACUGUGUGGUAAACACUGAAGUUCCUCUAGGAGAAUCUCCACUUUCCCUUGCGGUCAUGAAAGGCCAACGCAAACUUACUGAAGCGUUGCUUCAGUGUGGUGCAGACAUCAAUCAGAAAUGCGGUAGGGAUGAACAUACAGCUUUACAUGCCGCUGUACGUAGCUUCAAUCGCAACGGACUUGCUCAGUUUUUGGUACAAAAUGGUGCUGAUGUGGAGGCCGAAGAUGUUUUAGGUGAGACACCUCUGUUUAAAGCAGCCGAUACGAACAACAAUGAAUUGGUUGAAUUCUUUUUGAAGUGUGGUAGCACUGCCAAUACAAAGAACAAAUGUGGUGAGACACCACUUAUGAAGGCCAUAGACGACUCUGUAGUAUCGAACGUGAAAACUUUGCUGGAACAUGGAGCCUCAGUAAACGCCAACGACCAGCACGGAAUCUUCCGUCUUCUUCAUCGUCUGCGUUCUUCCGAUGUGGAAAUCUGCGAGCUUCUUCUAGAAUAUGGCUGUGACGUAAAUAUUACUGAUGACAACGGAGAAACACCUCUACAUCAACUGGCAGGGGGGCCAGAUAUCGUGAAGAUGCUUCUUGAUAAAGGUGCGCACGUGGGAGCUCUAGACAGAGAAAAUCGCACUCCUUUACAUGCAGCUUCUUAUCAAGGUCAUCCUAACUCCAUUGAGCUACUAAUUCACCAUGGCGCUGAUAUUAACUCAACAGAUAACCACGGUUGGACGCCUCUUCACUUUGCAGCUGCUGGAGAAAACUACGAUGCCCUAGAGGUUUUGAUACAGAACGGAAGUGGCAUCGAAGCUGUUGAUAAAACAGGCAGAACUGCUCUUCAUUUAGCAGCAGGAAUAGGCUGCCUUUCAUCUGUUAAACUGUUGAUAGGUCAUGGAAGCAACAUCAAUUUAAAAGAUUACAGGGGACGGACACUUCUUGGUGCGAUGUUCAAAUUAGAUUACUCGUUUGACUUUUAUUACUUGGACUUUGUAAAAUACUAUAUUGAACACGGAGGCGAUAAGUUCGCAAUCGAUGACGAAACUGGUCGAUCAAUCCUUCACUUUGCUGCAGGCCACCAGUUUGUUUCUACUGUUGACGACCUGUUGUACCAUGGAUUGGAUCUAGAGGCGAGAGACAAGAACGGAGAAACUCCUUUACACAGGGCAGUAGCAAGCGGAACCAAGGAGAUGAUACAACAUCUCGUGGAUAGAGGGGCUGACGUAUGUGCUGUUAACAAAAGAGGACAGACACCCUUGCAUGUUAGUUUAGUUCAUCACAGGAGCAAUUUCUUGCUAAAACUCAAACCAGACUUGCAAAAAUCAGACAUUUAUGGUAACACACCCCUUCACCUUGCCAUUUACAAUCCAAGAAUUUCGUCAAUGUUUAAUGAUCCGUCAGCUUUUUCUGUAGACGAUGUACGUAUUCUCUUGAACGCUGGGGCCGAUAUUCAUUCCCGAGACAAGCAAGGAAACACCCCACUUCACAUUGCAGUGGCUGAGGAUAGGUAUGAAAUUGCAGAGCUCCUCAUUAAGAAAGGCAGCGGGGUUAAUGCAAGAAACUUGCAGGGUAGAACGUGCCUGCACAUGGCGAGUUGUUCUGGUGCGCAAGAUAUUGUGCAGAUGCUUGUUGCUCAUGGAGCAGAAGUGAAUGUUGAAGAUGAACGGGGAUGCACACCUCUUCACAAUGCAUUAUCUUUCCAUCAUUAUUGGCUUGUGGAGCCUCUUUUAAAACACGGCGGUAAUCAAAACGCAAUGGAUUAUAAAGGUUCCACUCCUCUCCACGCGGGUUGCAGCUAUAAUGAUGCCUAUGACUUCCUGUACCCGGAUCCAGCUGAUACCGAGCCCUCAUGGUAUUCUGCUUUCCAGGAUGAGUGGGUCUCAAUCAUGAUCAGCCACGGAAGGUAAGACAAAUAGCUAAUUUAGUCCUACACACACUUUGCUUGAUGCAAAGAUUUAUAUCUUAUCAGUGGAUGACUGUUUUAAAAGCUUGUUUUGCGGCAGAGGCAGUAGAACGAUACAUGUAUAAAGCUACUCGUAGCCUAUCAAAACCACUGUGACUGUCCAAAGUUCAACGUUUUGAUCAUAAAUUAUGAUCAGCCACGCAAUGCACCAUUUUUUGCGCUAACAUACGGUACGUUCAGUUGACCUUAUAAUAAAUAUUCUGGAAUAGGAAUACAGAGAAUAAUUAGUAAAUCAACCCCUUCCAACGGAGAGUGUAUGACCGGACCCUAGAUGAAGUAAGGCUUCCAGGAAACUGAGAUUUUGAAGCCUUUCCUUCCGCCAAGGGCAUUAUCCUCCGAUACACCGGCAAGCCUUAAAUGGGUUCAUCUAUUUUAUAACCGUUCCACUGACCCGCUGCCGACGAGAAACACCAGUCGUUGGCGCUAUAUUUAUACUAUAGUGAUCAUCAUCAUUAAUAUAAUAACAAAAGAAUAUGGAAAUCUCCCAUCACACCUACUAAGUUUCCAUAAAACUCGAAAACAAGAAAAUACUAUUUAAUAUUGUUUGCGUAAAAGCGCUAAAAGUGCAUAAACAUUAAAAACUGCUUGUAAUGAUCUAGUGGACGAAAUUUUACUCUACACGGCGGUCAUUAUAGCACUGGGGAAAAGCCGUUCCGUUGCUUAUACAUCGUCUGUCUUUCUAUUCCGGAGGAAAGACUGUUCCUGCGUGAAUAAUCCUCGAUAAGUACAUUUCUGUUCCAAAAUAAGGUCAAUCGAAUGCACCAUCAAUGUUAAUUGCAGUCCAGUUCUUCUUCUCAGUUUAAUAUUAAUUUCUGCUGCUUUACAUUUUAUUUACAUGAAAGUUUUGUCUUUAGUAAUCUCGAAGCUAGAGACGAUAAAGGAUGUACACCUCUUCACAUCUGCGCUGUUUUUGAUCGAACGAAAAUUGCUCGAGUACUUCUUAAACAUGGAGCUGAUGCCAACGCAAGAGACAAUGAAGGAAGCACUCCUUUGCAUCUUGCUUCUGCCUUUUGUGAUGACUUGGUUUCAAAAGAAUCCAAUUGCAACAUGGUUUCGCUGCUGCUAGAAUAUAAGGCAAACAUCAGCUUAAGAGACUCGGAAGGUAGCAUCCCUCUCCAUACAGCUGCGGCUUUUGGUAAGUACCGCACAGUGCGAAGGUUGAUUCUUGAAGGCAGUGAUGUAAAUGCGGUUGAUAGCAAUGGAGACACACCACUGCACGUGUCUGCAGGUUCAGGGCACCUGAAAGUUGUCCGCCUGUUACUGGAUAAUGGAGCCGAUUUAUUUACUGUUGAUAAGGAAGGCGUUACAGCAGCGGCAUGUGCUGAGAAGUUUGGUCAUAAGGAAACGAAGCAGUUUCUUGAAGAGAGUAGCUACCGGUGCUUGUAA